UAGGACCCCGCCUGAACCCCUGGCGGUGGUCACGGUGCUGCCUGAUCAAAAAUGGCACAUUAACGUUACAAUGGUAGGGAUGUAGGGAUGUAACGAUAGACGGUAAUAAUGAUGAUGACGGCGGAAAAAAUCCCAAAGUAUUUCUUCGACACCUGGAAGAAAGAGAAGACAUGGAAACAUUUUACCAUGGAAAUGGUGAACAACAAGAUAUAAACCCUAUGUUUCGAAUUUCUCUGGUAAAAAUACAACCAACUUGAAGAGCCAUCUGCAGUCUAGUCAUCAGGACAUCCACGCAACAAACAAAUCUCCCUGAGCAGCAGGAGUGGACCUCCAGGAUGGAGCAGGAGAAACCGCAGCCCCCUCACAUUAAAAAGGAAGAGGAGGAGCCACAUCUUACCCACAUUAAAGAGGAGGUUGAGGAGCUAGAGCCCCCACACAUUAAGGACGAAGAGGAGGAACACAGCAUCAGUCAGAAUGGGGACCAUCUUCAAGGACAAGAGGAUGUUGAUGACCCCAAGAUGCCAUUGACUGGUGUCAUUGUGAAGAGUGAAGAUGAUGAGGUAAAAAGUGAAAGUGAGGAGAAGAGGGAGGUGGAGCCUCAAAGCAGCAGCUCAACUCAACACAUGACAACAGAAGCUGAUGGAGACCACUGUGGAGGAUCACAAGAAGACAAGCUCUUAGCUCCACUAUCAGAUCCUGACACUGAUGAUGAAGACUCUGAAGCUGAUACAACAUGUCACACUGACAACACACACUUUGAAUGUUCUCACUGUGGCAAAACUUUUAAUCACCGUUGUAAUAUGAGAACACACAUGAGGACACACACUGGUGAAAAACCUUUUUCCUGUUUAAGAUGUGGUAAAUGUUUCACACAAAAUCAUCAUUUGAAAAGACACACAAGAACGCACAGUGGAGAAAAACCUUUCACCUGUUCACUCUGCGGUAGAGGUUUUUUACAAAAUAUUGAUUUGAAGAGACACAUGAUAACACACUCUGGAGAAAAGCCUGUUGUCUGCUCAAUCUGCGGUAAAGGUUUCGCGAGAAAGACUUAUUUGAAAAGACACAAGGCAAUACACACUAGAGAAAAACUUAUUAGCUGUUCAAUAUGUGAGAAAGGUUUCACACAAACUAGUCAUUUGAAAGCACACAUGACAAGACACGCAGGUAAAAAAAAACGUAUUCCUGAUAAAUCUGUGCUAAAGGUUUUGCACAAAAAGAUAAAGGGAAGUUUCAAAUGAGCACACACUGGUGAGGAAGUGUGAGUUGCAGUGUGUGUGAUGAAAGAUUCUCUCAAAAGUAAAAGUGUAAAAUACUGCAUGAAUGAAGCUGCAUGAUUUUCAGUAAACUGUCAAGUUGCGAUCAACAACUUUAUGUUUCAGCCUUAUCCCAAAAUGGAAUAAAUAAAUUUUUAUCCUCAAAAUUUCAAUACACAAUAAUGUCAAUGUGUCAAGAUUGUUUUAUUUUUUUCAAAUGUAUUGAAAUAACAAAUCAUAUCUACAUUAAGUAUCCAGAGCCUUCGCUCAAUACUUUGUUGAUGCACCUUUGGCAGCAAUUACAGCCUCAAGUCUUUUUGAAUACGAUGCCACAAGCAGUUUGGGCAGUUUCACCCAUUCCUCUUUGCAGCACAUCUCAAGCUCCAUUAGGCUGAAUGGGAAGCAUUGGUUUUCAUCCCGGAUGUCUCUGUACAUUGCUGCAUUCAUUUUUCCCUUUAUCCUGACUAGGCUCCCAGCUCUUCUCGCUGAAAAAAACACCCCACAUCAUGAUGCUGCCACCACCAUGCUUCACUGUACUGAUGGUUUUGGCCUGGUGAUGAGUGGUGCUUGAUUUCCUCCAGAAAUAAUGCCUGGGACUCAUGCCAAAGGGUUCAAUCAUUGUGUCAGAGAAAGGCUCUCAGAUAAUUUAGUUUUUCAUGGUCAGAGUAUUUCAUGCGUGUUUGCAAGCUUUUUAUUAAGAAAUAGCUUCCGUCUGGCCACUACACCAUACAAGCCUGAUUGGUGGAUUGCUGCAGAGAUGGUUUUUCUUCUAGAAGGUUCUCUUCUCUUCACCGAGGAAUACUGUAGCUCUGACAAAGUGACCAUCCCAGAUGAGACUAAGAUGAAUGCAGCAUUGUAGAGACAUCCUGGAUGAAAACUAACACUGCCCAUCCAACCUGAUGCAGCUUGAGAGGUGCUGCAAAAAAGGAAUGGACAAACUGUCCAAAAGUAGGAAUGCCAUAUUCAUCAUAUUAAAAAAAAAACCUUGAUAAAGUAUUGAGCAAAGGCUGUGAAUACUUACGUACUUGUCAUCUUUGUAUGUUUUUAGUAUGUGCAUUAGUACACAACAUUGUGGACAUUUAUUUAAAAAAAAAACACAAUUCAAUUGAUUUGAAAAGGUCUACAAUGCUGGUUGAAGCAUCCGCUUGCCCUUACUUUACUUUUUUUAUAUUUGUUGAAAAAGAUAUCAACCAAAUAAAACAUAUCCAUCCAA